CUCACACACACACACACACACACACACACAUGCAAACACACACUCCUGCCUGCAGGCAUGUCACAGUGAGCGUACGACAUGAGAGAACUACCUGUCCUGAGCCGUGGGCUGGAUGUUUUGGAGGAGCACAGUAGAGGAGUAGAGGGGGGAGGGAGAGUCUCAGGUUUGAGGGUGUUGAGGUAAAAGCGAGGAUGUGCAGCAGGAGACCGGAGACAAACAGCGGCACUCUGAGCUGAGCUCAACCUCUCUGAGAAGUGACAGGAAGCUCUGAUUCUCUGGCUGUAACUUUGAACAGGAUCAGACUCGGCUCCUGUGAUUCACACGGGACCAUGGUUAUGUUGAAGAUCUCUGCUUUCCUCGUUGCCUACGCCCUGGUCAUUUGCCAGAUGUACUGCUCACAAGCCGCCCCCGCCAGACCGGGUUUAGAGUCCAUGUCAGACCGAGUCACGCUCACGGACUACGAGGCACGAAGGUUACUCAACGCCAUCGUCAAGGAGUUUGUGCAGAUGACGGCGGAGGAGCUGGAGCAGCAGGCAACUGAAGGAAACAGCAUGGACAGGCCUCUAACCAAGCGCUGCUCCAACCUCAGCACCUGCGUGUUGGGCAAACUGUCUCAGGAGCUGCACAAGUUGCAGACGUUCCCUCGCACAAACGUGGGAGCAGGAACACCCGGCAAGAAGCGCAGUGCGCCUGAGAGCGACAGCUAUGCAAGCUACGGCGAGACGUUUGACAGCAUCUAACCCCUCCUUCAUCCUCCCUCAGCUCCUCUUCCUCCUCCUUAUCCCUUCUUGUUUUUGGAUUUUGUGCCAGUGCAUGUUGAUUUGACCUGCUUGAUUGAGAAGAAUAUGACCCUUACUUCCUUCCUCCUGCCUCCUCCUCGUUUGUCAGAGAAUGAUUUGUCCCUUUAAUUUCAGACAAUCAGAUUUAGUUUUCAUCAGGAGCCAGUUCAGACUUCCAUCUCUGUGUACUGUGCGUGGAGUCAUCAGAUGGCGUCUCAAAGCCCCUCAAGUUUAAGCAUAAAGUGACAUCACUUAGUAGAAACCAUUAAUAAAUGAUCCACUCAUGCGACACCAUGUUUCUUCUUCAAUAAACGUAUUUUUCUACCAGGAAGCCGUAGCUCAUUUUCAUUCUUAAGGUUAAACAGUCAGUGGGUACUUCAUGUGUGUAGGACUUUAGAGAAUCCUUGAAAUGAUGUGUGAAGCUCUCGUCCUGCUUGAAGGUAAGAAAAAUAAAUAUGUCAUCAGACCUCACAUGGUUGAUGCAUAUUUCAACCUGUAGUUUUUCUGUGCUGUGACGUUGAUCUAAAUGAUCUGUGUGCAGAGAUACUGUGAGGCUGUGUGUCAGUAUUGUGUUAAUGUCACAGCUGAUCUCGCUUUAACCCCUCGUUUGCUCU